AUCCCUGUCGUGGCAGCACGGGGUCUAGGCAGAGGACUUUUCUCCCCUAAAACUAAGGGGAAAACCCACCACCGAGAUCCCAGUGCGCGUCCUAAAGAGCAAACGGAGGGCUUUGGGAGGAGGAAACAGUAGUUUGAAGGCACGCUGCGGUGGGAUCGGCUGACUGUGUGCACUAGUGUCUCUCCACACUUGCACUGGAUACACGAAGCAGGACGUUUUCACUUAUCUACCACUGGCAGGAUCCCCGCGAUCUCCCCAAAACCCCGCCAAACAUCCAGUCGGACAGCGGCCUGUAGUUCCAGUCAUCCCAGGCCUGCGGACAUCAGUAAACUGAAGCAAAGCACAACAGCACACUGAGCUCAUCUCAUAUUGUGUCACUGGCCAUCUGUGUUUGAGAGUGAGGCGGGCCUGGUUUGUGAGCGUCGCUCCACAGAGCCGUCCCAUGACUGUCUGACUCAUCACAACCCGCGAAUGACAGGCGUGCAUUCGAGGGUGGGGCCCGCCUCAGUCUCACAUGAUUGGCUGCUGGAUGGAAAUAAGGUGAAUGGAACACAUGCCCAAGGAGCAGGACCCAAAUCAAUCAGAGGGAGAAGAGAAAAGGUGGCUCGAUGGCCCGAAAAGGAAGAGAAAGAACAGCCAGUGUUCGGUGAAGAGCAUGUCAGGGUACAUCCCCAGCUAUCUGGAGAAGGAUGAGCCGUGUGUGGUGUGUGGAGACAAAGCUACCGGCUAUCACUACCGGUGCAUCACCUGCGAGGGCUGUAAGGGAUUUUUCAGGCGCACCAUCCAGAAAAACCUUCACCCUUCUUACUCCUGCAAGUACGAUGGCUGCUGCAUUAUUGACAAGAUUACCCGCAACCAGUGCCAGCUGUGCCGCUUCAAGAAAUGCAUCGCUGUGGGAAUGGCCAUGGAUUUGGUACUGGACGACAGCAAACGUGUUGCGAAGCGGCGCUUAAUUGAGGAGAACCGUGAGAAGAGGAAGAAGGAGGAGAUGGUAAAGACUCUGCAGAAUCGGCCAGAACCCACCAGCUCAGAGUGGGAGCUGAUCCGUGUCGUGACAGAAGCGCAUCGCCACACCAAUGCACAGGGCUCGCACUGGAAACAGAAGCGCAAGUUCCUGCCAGAGGAUAUCGGACAGUCUCCGGUGGCCCCCACAUCAGAUGGAGACAAAGUGGAUUUGGAGGCCUUCAGUGAGUUCACCAAGAUCAUCACCCCAGCCAUCACACGCGUCGUCGACUUUGCCAAAAAACUGCCCAUGUUUUCAGAGCUGCCUUGUGAGGAUCAGAUCAUCUUGCUGAAGGGCUGCUGUAUGGAGAUCAUGUCUCUGCGUGCUGCAGUUCGCUAUGACCCAGAAAGCGAGACCUUGACCCUGAGCGGAGAAAUGGCUGUCAAACGAGAGCAGCUGAAGAAUGGAGGGCUGGGCGUUGUGUCUGAUGCCAUCUUCGACUUGGGCAAGAGUCUGGCGCAGUUCAACCUGGAUGACACAGAAGUGGCGCUUCUGCAGGCUGUACUGCUCAUGAGCUCAGAUCGGACAGGUCUGACGUGCGUGGAGAAGAUCGAGAAGUGCCAGGAGAUGUACCUCUUAGCAUUUGAACACUACAUCAACUAUCGCAAGCACAACAUUCCUCAUUUCUGGCCCAAGCUGCUGAUGAAGGUGACGGACCUGCGGAUGAUCGGAGCCUGCCACGCCAGUCGCUUCCUGCACAUGAAGGUGGAAUGCCCCACUGAACUCUUUCCCCCACUUUUCCUGGAGGUCUUCGAGGAUCAGGACGUGUGACGUCCCGGCGAACUGCGGCAAGAGAAUCAGGAACGUUUCGUAACCGUGUUCCACAAGUCGUGUCACCCCCUUCCACGCACCAAACUCACCAGCAGCAAUUGCAUUGGCAGGGGUCACCUUCAGAAAGGCUUUCUUAUGGGGGUUCAACAACUCUUUGUGUUAGUUUUUUGGCUUUUCACAGAAAACUCAGCCCCUCCCUCAUCCACUAAACUCCCACGUGUGGCCCUUCUGUCUCGGCAUGAUGUCUUAUACUGGUUAACCAACACCUUAGGCACAGGAUAUACAUCUACACAUACACACACACUGUUAUAAGUGUGCUUACAGAUGCAGUACUUGCACGUCUCGAGUCUUCUGAUGAGCUUGUAUGCAUUUGUACAGACUGCACUACUGUCAUGCCACCACUGGAGGUGCCCUCUGCUUAGACUGGAUGGCAGCUGGCUUAUAGAUUCCUCCACCAGGUUGUGCAGUGGUCAGCUAAUUUCAUAGAGUUCUUGUGAUAUUAACUGUCGAUAUCUCAUGCUCAAACGCCGUAGUUAUGUCACUUUUUUGAACAGACCUCAUGAUUCUCUUUGACAUUGAGCCUGUGUGCGGAGCGGGAGGACAUUUUUGAUACCAAAUCAGGUGCUAUAUUUAAAUAAAGCUACUCAAAAUGAUUUGGGACCUUUCAAGAAUAUGCCCCCCUCCCUUCUCUGUAGGACACUGACCGUUUGAAAGCUCUCGGUCAGCAAUCUAGUGCUUGUUCAGGGGUGCCUCUUACAGUACAGAUGCUGUGUGUGGUUUGUUCUUGCUCUGGUCUAGGCUUAUCUGUGGGCUCUGCGAGUCCCUGUUUGUCCUAGGAAAGUCACACUGAGAGACAGAAUAGAGGCACCCCUACACCUCCGAUAUGCACUGAUUGGUGUUUUACAGGUGUUGGGAGGGAGCCAGUAUUACAGUACUCCCAUACCCAGCACACACACACACACACACACACACAAAAUACUAAAACACACACCUCAAAACUCGAAUGCCUCAUUUUUACUGUAUGCACUGCAGUGCUGUAGUUCUGGACUCCGAUGCAGGGCUUUGAGAGUUCAGUCCAGCUCAUCUGUGCUCUGCUCAGAUGCUACUGUUGCCCGGUCUGUGCGAGCACACGCGCACACUCCUGACGGGCCAUGGUGGACUGGCUGUCGUCAAUGUUUUUUCUUUGUGUUGUUUUUUGUUUUACCUCAAAUGUGGGCACACCUCCGGCUGGCUGUGGCUCCAAGACUGCCUCUGUGCUGACAGGUUCUACCUCACCUCUGGACACGGGGCAGCUACCCUCAGCCACAUACAUAUUUACAUUUACACACACCUACACACACACACUAACAGCCAGGAAAGAAACACUCACUUUCUUCUCAGUUACGUUGAAAUACCACUGCAGACAGGAGGGCCUGCCAUUCCUCAUUGUAGCCUGUCAGAUUUCUGCAAGGUCUUCUUCACUUUGGGCUGAGAGAGAAAAAAAACUAUUCUGGAUGAGCUUUUUUAUUUCUUGUUUUUUUUUUCAUGUGGGACCAAGUGUCACUUCGAUUUCCGUCAAAACGGAAGCUAGUUACCGUACAUGCCGCUGACUAGGCUGAGGAGCCGUGGAGAGAACUACAGAUGAAGGACCCGAGGUGGCCAGGCCUAGAACAAAUGGGUCAAUUGCUGUUUAAUUUUCAAUACCAAGCAGUAAUUUGCAACUCAGAUCAAGGUGUCGACUGGUUUCUUCAAGGUGGGGCAGGGGAUGCGGGGGAAGCUAGCAGCUGAAUGAGAGCACUUAGCUUUGAAAGAGCCAAAUCUUCAGAGACGAUUCAACCCCCUGACACCUUUUAAGGAGUUAUUGCACUAAAGCAUGAUGGCCCCCUCCACCCCGCUCCUCCAGCUCAGUCGCAUGUUUUCUGAGGACACACCCCCAACCUCUCUGUCAAACAGAGGCCACACCUCCAUAUGCUCCUGAACACACCCUCACAGUCAGUAUUAAGUCAAGCAAAGUCCCAUGUUCUUUCUCAUUAACCAACGACAUAACACUCAGAAAAGUUCAUGAACAGAUCGACGUGUCCCCACCCCUUCAAAGCCAGAGGUGGCUUAAGAUGAACACCCAACAGAAACGGGCCUUUUCUUUGUGAGACAAAGGAGUGGCCAAAGCCAUGCAAAAAGUGGCAGCACCGAAUGAAUGUGAACGAGGAGCGGCAGAGUGAACGAGAGCCAGACCGAGGAGUUGCUCUAUAAUGAGGUCGCAAAGGAAGGCAGCCAAUCAGAAUGAGAGGAACUGUCAGCAUUCCCAUAUGGAUUACGAGUGAGGCCUCAGUGGUUCCGAUUGGCGGAUCGAGUGAAUGCAGGGGUUUCGAUGCUGCUUUAUCUUCUAAUUUUAUUUUAAAGAGAUAGAAAACAAACAAACAAACAAAAAUAUAUGAUAAAAGAAUCACAAACCCAUAAAACAAAUAAAAAAAUGACUCCAGAACAAAGAAUUCAAAUCUCGGAGCUUGAGCUGUUUGUUUCUUUCUUUUUCGUUUUUCUUUUUUAUUAUUAUUAUUUGAACUGAAAUGUGUGUUUGUUUUCAAUGCUUAACUGCUCUAUGUAAGAGAGAAAAACAACAGCCGUAGUCACUUUUUUGACCAAGCGUGCAGUGUAAACUAGAGAAUUUCACCUCUUUUUCACCUCACUAUAGAUUGUAAUGAUAAGUUGACUCCUCUGUUUGUCUGUGUAUCUGUCCUUCGUCUUUUUAUCAAGAGGAAUUUACAACAAGAAACAGGAAUAUUUUCUUUUUUAUAUUUUGUUUUCUUUUUUUAUGAAAGACUUUAAAAAAAAUUGAGAAAUAAUGCAACAUAAACUGAAAAAAACGAACUGAAACACAAUCUACUCAUACCUCACACAACACAAAGCUUAAAUGAACUUGGGAGGAGUGUUGAUCUGCGUUGGCACUUGUGUCAAAGUGUGUCCAGUGCAUGUGUUGAACUGUACGAUGGGGUGUAUGUGCGCGUAAGCGUUCAUGUGAUCGCGGAAGCACACGGCCCCCUCCUUUGGCUUCCAAAGCCCAUCUGUUUCAGAUUUGCACCAGUUGCAUGCAUUAGUCUGUGAACGGCGUUGCCUUCGCUGACGCGACAGGCCAUAAUGGGAGUGGACGGGAUGUGGUGUGGCUAGAAGGCUGGAAAGGGAGUCGUGUGCAUCUGUGACAGCAGAGAGUGCUUCAUGGUGUUGAAUGUAGCUGACAGGACUGGGCUGGAUCCAAGCCCAGGAACUAGAACCUCACUUCAGGUCACCAGCAAGAGUGGACAGUGCUGUCAAAAAGAUGUUACACAAACAGCUUACUAAGCGUAUAUAUUGCCCGCCUUCAAGGUGCAAUACUUGUGUUUUUUUUUCUUUCUUUUUUGUACUUUUACAGAUUUUUUGGCCAUAACCAAGGAUGUAAAUACAAAAUGAAAAGAUAUUGAAAGAUUAAAUCACUAUGUGUUAUCCAUAUGCAAGCUGGAUGUCGAGGCCAGAACGCAGCCCCUGCGCCCAUCGUUUUUGUAAAGUAAAACUGCUAUCGUAGCUCUGUAAAUGCUUCACACAUCUGUACAUGUGCUUUUGUGCACUUGCAAACGUGCAUGUUCGAUAAUGAUAUGAAGAAACGCCCCAUGAAAUUAACUGUCCAACCAUGUGCGCCCGCAACCCUUAGCCUCGCACUCAAACCGCUCUUUCUAACAGGGUAGCCAGACUUACCUUUAUUCAGUCAGAUUGCUGGUAGAGAUGUAGGCGGGUAUGGUCUGCUACCCAGAAGCACUUAGCUGGCCUCGCCACUGCCAAUCAGAUUCCUCAAAGGAGAACAGUAGAUACUGGUUUUGUUUAGCUUUGGUGGUGGUCUUGUUUGGUUUCUUGCCCUUUUUUGUGUUAUGUAAUAUAUAUAUAUAUAUAUUUUUUUUUUUUUGGAAAAAUCUAAAACGCCCAGAACCAAGAAUGUCUAUGCAAUGCUCAACCACCUGAUAGCAUGAUUGCUGUGUCAGCAAGCCCUCAUUAGCAAAUAUGUCUCUUUCUAAACACAUCCCACUCCCCCACCCCACCCUACCCCUAAAAAAAAACCCAUCCACCGCAACUGCAUGAGCUGUUUUGUCUGUUCAUCAGUCAGUGUCAUAGUCAAGGGAAGGAAGGCCUUUACUGUUGCCUAAUACAUGCUUUGUUAAACCUCCCGAACAUACAGUAAGAGGUCACUAGUUCAACUUUCCUCUGACUCCAAUGAUGUCAAUUGCUGUCGAUUCGUGUUUUAAUGUAUGAUGUACGUGUUUGCAUCAAAUGCUCUCAUGGUUCGGUGGAUUGGUACUACCUAGAAUGCCACUGCAUACAAACAAAAUGAAAAUUUGCUUUGAAGACGCCUCAGCAUUUGUGAAUGAAACAUCAUUACCAUACUUUUGUAAGCCAGGAAAUGCUUUCUCUCCCCUUUUACUGUCACUUCCUGUCAGAUAAGGUCCCUCAGACUUAAAACCCAAGUUUGUCUUUUAAGAUAAAAUACAGAUUGAAAUAAUUAUAAGGCUAUUUAGGGCUGCACGAUAAAACACAUGCGAUUGUCAUUCGCAAUUGUCAGUAAGGCCGACUUUGUGAUCAGCUGUAAAUCUCCAGCAAAGCUUACCAAAAUAUCGUCAAAUCGCAAAUAACCACUUUUUUAGUGAACAAUGACCCUGUGUUGUAAAUGUUGCUAAUUUUACACCUGAAGGCAUGUGCAAAUAACACAUAUUAGGGCUGCAUGAUAUUGGAAAAAUCUAACAUUGUGAUAUUUUUUUUUAUUUAGCGAUAAUAAUAAUAAUUCCUUACAUUUAAAUGAAAUUUCUCAAUCAAGAAAAAGAUACUGAAAUAAAGUGCUUUAUUGUUUUCAUAGUCUAACAGUAUUCAAGUACAGUAAUUAAAUGGUAAAAAUAAAAUAAAAAUUAUUAAAAUGAAUCGUUGUUAAUGUCACAAAUGGUACAAUUUAUUAUGCCUGAAUGCUUUAGAAUCCAUCAAAAACACAUUCAAAUGAUAUAAUCAUAUAAUACAAACUCAACAUUGCAUAUCCUGCGAUGUGCCUAUUGCGAAUGAUCACAUUGUGGUUAGGCAUUGGCCGGUAUAAGUUUCUGACAAGAUAAUAACUUUGGAUAAAAAUAGCAUAGUUUCACAGUAUCACGGUAUUGUGGUUACUGCUCUAAAAUAAGUUAUUUUUAAAGGUCUGGGUGAAAAAAAAACUUUUCCCCAUUGAACACAAAAUAUUUUUAAAAAUUAUUUAAGAAAUAUUUAUAGUAUUUUAGAACAGUAAACAUGUCAGGCUAAAUAGUUAAAACAAAUAAUUGAUUUCUGCUCUCUUCAUUAGUUUCAAAAACACAGAUUUUUUUUUACAACAAAUAAAAAAUGCAUUAAAAAAAUCAUACAUAUACCUUAGAAAAUGGUGUAACAGAACAUUUUAGCGGUAUUAAAACCUUGGCUUUUUCAAACAAUGGGAAACCUUGAAACUGGUUAUCGUCCCAUGCCUAAUUAUGAUAUCGAUGCUGAAACGAUAGAUUGUGCAGCUCUACCACAUAUAAUGACAAUUUUACUCCAAACUCUGCUGAGCCAUAACUUUAUUUCAGCCGAGCAUUUGAAAUAAUCUGUACACAAAAUAAGGCACGCAAAAUUAUUCAUAGCAUUCUAAGCAGUCCUACGACAUAGCAUCAUUACAUACUUUAUUAUCAAGAACAUUAACAGCAACAUUAACAACAACUGAGAUAAAACACGUUGUUGUAAUCGUGUGUUUAUAUUCCCAUUGAAUCAAUGAAAGCAGUUCAGUUAAAGCAGAAUAAAUUAAAUCUGUUUAUUCUCCAACCGCUCUAAAGGUUUCCUGGGUUUUUUCAGUAUAUAUUUGACCCUCUGGCCUUCGGAGGAGGUUUACUACUGAUCACAUCCCAGUAGUUUCCACACAUGAUGUGCAAGGCAAUCAUAGCUUUUGAAAAAUUACAAAUGCGAUAUUUAUGUUGAUUUAUCAUUUAGCCCUAAGGCCAUUUGUAGACUGAUUUGACCAAAAAGGUGCUAUUAAAACCUGUCACCUGAUGACUAAUGUCAUUUUGAGGCAGGCUUUCAUUACAUCAUCAUAGCCCAGCCAAUAGCAGAAGAGGGGAGUUUUUUGGGAAUCCGCAGUUCCAUAUAAUAGUCAGACGUUUCACACUUCGGCUUUAAUAGACUCGAGAGAACUGUAAAUGCAAUACUUUUUGAAUUUGAUUGGCCACCCUAAGCACUGUGAUGUCAAAGCCCUCAAUUUCGCUGUUUCCUUUGAAGUUCGAUGUGAGUUAUCUUGAUUUGAUUUGACUGUGUCCAUGAAUAUGUUCAUGAGGGGAAAUACACCCAGCCAUGAGAGUGUAAGCAGAGAGCGGGGAUGAUGUCCACACCACAACUGUUUUAAAUGAGACUGGAAAGGAAAGCUAUUGAAGGAUUCUCUCAGGUAUCAACAAAAUAAAAUAAAAAAAAGACAAAAAAGAGAAAUAUAACAAACUUUUUUUUUUAAAUAAAUGUUGAAAAUGUCA